AUUUAUAGUCAUGCAUUUGAGAAGAGGAUAGCAGCAGGUAGGAAAUCACAACAGGACAAAGCUGAUGAGACUAUUUGUCUUCUCAUGGAAAUGUCGUGCGUGAACUCUUGAUUUCAUCACUAUAUAUACACAUCUAUAGUUGCCGGAGUUGGGUGCAUCGGAAGCUGUAGUAACCGGGAAAUGGCCGCCCGGAGAUUCACGUCGCUUCUCAUUCCUUCAUCCGCAACUUCUUCAUCUCUUCUCCGUCUCCUCUCCCGCGGUGAGACAUCCAAUUUCUGUCGAAGAUUUAGGAAAUUUGGCACAGCUGCUGCCAUUGAGGAUCCAAUCAAGCCUCCUGUCUCUGUAGAGCACACACAACUCCUCAUCAAUGGACAGUUUGUUGAUGCUGUUUCUGGCAAAACUUUUCCUACCCUUGACCCCCGGACGGGUGAGGUGAUUGCUCAUGUUGCUGAAGGUGAAGGGGAAGAUGUUAACCGAGCUGUCUCUGCUGCUCGGAAGGCUUUUGAUGAAGGACCUUGGCCGAAAAUGACUGCUUAUGAAAGAGCAAAAAUAAUGCUACGAUGUGCUGAUCUGAUUGAGAAACAUAACGAUGAAAUUGCAGCACUUGAGACUUGGGACAAUGGAAAACCAUUUCUACAAUCUGCUACAACUGAAGUUCCUAUGCUUGUACGCCUAAUCCGCUAUUAUGCUGGAUGGGCUGAUAAAAUUCAUGGUAUGACUGUCCCUGCUGACGGACCAUACCAUGUUCAGACUUUGCAUGAGCCAAUUGGUGUUGCCGGGCAAAUUAUCCCUUGGAACUUUCCUCUUCUCAUGUUUGCUUGGAAGGUUGGGCCAGCAUUAGCUUGCGGAAACACCAUUGUUCUGAAGACAGCUGAAAAGACUCCAUUGUCUGCUCUAUUUGUUGCAAAGCUAUUCCAUGAGGCUGGACUACCCCCGGGUGUUCUUAAUGUCGUGUCUGGUUUUGGUACAACGGCUGGUGCUGCACUCUGCAGUCACAUGGACGUGGACAAGCUUGCAUUCACAGGUUCAACAGCAACGGGGAAGGUUGUUCUUGAAUUAGCUGCUAGAAGCAAUCUUAAACCUGUGACAUUGGAACUUGGUGGAAAAUCCCCUUUUAUUGUUUGCGAGGGUGCUGAUGUGGAUAAGGCGGUUGAGCUAGCCCACACGGCUUUGUUCUUCAACCAGGGACAAUGUUGUUGUGCUGGAUCUCGGACAUAUGUCCAUGAGAGUCUCUAUGAUGAAUUUGUGGAGAAAGCAAAGGCACGUGCUAUGAAGCGCACGGUUGGUGAUCCAUUCCAUGAAGGCACAGAACAAGGUCCUCAGGUUGAUUCAGAACAGUUUGAAAAGAUCCUGAAGUAUAUUAAAUCAGGCGUUGCUAGUGGAGCUACCCUUGAAACAGGAGGCGAAAGGCAUGGAACCUUGGGCUACUAUAUUAAGCCAACAGUUUUCUCCAAUGUUACGGAUAAUAUGCUGAUAGCAAAGGAUGAGAUCUUCGGUCCAGUGCAAUCGAUCUUGAAAUUCAAGGAUACCGACGAAGUGAUUCGGAGGGCAAAUGCGUCCAAGUACGGUCUCGCAGCUGGGGUUUUCACACAAAACAUUGACACAGCAAACACACUGGCGCGGGCACUGAGGGUUGGGACCGUAUGGGUAAAUUGCUUUGAUAUCUUUGACGCUGCAAUUCCUUUCGGUGGGUAUAAGAUGAGUGGGCACGGAAGGGAGAAGGGAGAGUACAGUCUCAAGAACUACUUGCAGGUCAAGGCUUUUGUCACCGCAUUGAAGAACCCGGCUUGGUUAUGACCAUCCCCCCUGCCUAAAUUAUAUCAAUGGCUAUUUUAACAACAACAAUGAUGAUGAUGAUGAUGAACCCUAGCUUUGAUGCUUCAAUAAAGCUUGAAAUUUCAAGUUUAUUCGGUAAAUUCGUUCGCUUUUAGUGUUUUUUUAAGCUUGCAUUCGUCGGUUUGGAGUUGCAUUGGACACACAAGGAUUCUUCAGUAUGUGCAACAAUGCAGAAGGAAUAAAACUUGUAUAUGCUUUUUAAUAAAGUUCUAUAAAAUUCAAAGCUUUGAUGUCUUUUGUAUAACAAAAGCAGACUAGCGUUGAAAUAUGAUGGUUUCUCAUAGAGUAGUAUUUUUUUAGUGUAAAUUUUACUCCCUUUGUACCAAAUUAAAUUGUUUGUUUACUAUUUGCAAGAUUAAAUAUUAUUCACUUUU